AUGGCGACAGAAGAUACGCCGUCAACAUUCAACCCUCGCUUUCUCGUGGUCAGCCUGGGAAACCCAGCUCCCCACACAAAGACCCUUCACUCAGCAGGCCACCUCGCCCUGCAGGCGGUCCAGCAGCAACUGCACCUUGAGCGCGGUCAGCCUUCCUUCUCGCCCGAGCGGAUAGGAAAGAAGUCAACCAAGGCAUCUGCCGGCGACAAGUACACGCUCGUGCAGUGCCCCACCUUCAUGAACGUGUCCGGGCCGUGGGUCGCAAAGGCGUGGAAGGAGAUGCUGGCAUCCCACCAGGAGCAGGACCCCUCGAGGCCUCUGGGGCUGGUCGUCGUCAACGACGACCUCGAGGAGGACCUGGGCGCCAUCAGGGUGCAGAAGUGGGACAAGAGCCACCGCGGGCACAACGGCCUGAAGAGCAUCAAGUCAGUUGUGAACACCGAGCACUACAAGGACUCGAAAUGGGGCCGCGUCUCGGUCGGCAUCGGGCGGCCUGAGGCCAGGGAUGCGGCGACCGUCUCGAACUACGUGCUCAAGCCGUGGAGCAAGCACCAGGAGGAGGUUCUCUAUGCCAAGUCGGGGCCUGGGGUUCUGGCCGCGCUCAACGAGAUCGAGGAAGGGUGGAGGAUAGAGAGGGAGGGGACGGGGAAUGCAGCCAGGGCCAACAACAACCAGCCCAAGGAGGCGAAGAAGCAGAGGCCGUCCAAGAAGGAGCCUGCUGAUUCUGGUGGGAUUGUCGAAAAGUUGGCGGAUGCAGCGACAAUAGCCAUCGUCGACCCAUAA